AUGGAAGAAAUUCGGUCGAUCGGAUUAUCCGAUCAUCGGCAGAAGGUGACCAAUUUGGUAGUGAGCACAAUGUUGGCGUUGCGGUGGAUCGGGGAGAAUGUGACGAAAUAUCCGGAAUCGAAGACACCGACGGCGGAAUCGAUAUACGCCAUUGAUUAUAGCAGGAGACUUGAGUUGUUUGAGACUGCGUGCAAGGUAUUUGCCAUAACUAUGGAGAUCUUCUCCUUUUGUCGCCUUCAUGUUUUCGUCCUACCGGUGAUUCUGCUAAUUUUCCUGUUCAAUUCUUCCGUCGCAUUCGAAGACCAAGACGGUAAAUCGGUUGGAGUUAGCCAAGCAAUCCUACAUUUCGAGAAUGUACAGAAGAGAAGCGCGGAUGAGAACACAACCAGUGCAGUUAGCCGAAGUGCUCAUGAAAAUGAAUGUGUAACUGCUUCUUGGGACGAGCGAUGUCCCGGGUACGAAUACGACUUCAAAAGAUCCCUUCCUAUUCCUCUCUGCAACCAAGGCUGUGUACAUGGAAAAUGUGUGGGCGUCGGCGAAUGUCGCUGCGACUCGGGAUAUUUCGGACCCAGUUGCGACCGAGGACCUGUCGGAGUCGUAUCCUCCGACGUCGCAGACUGUCAGAUCCGAGGAGACUGCGACAUCUGUGAUUGUCAAAAUGGGGGCCAGUGUUCGAAGGGGAGGUGUGUGUGUCCUUAUGGGUACACAGGGACGUGCAACAACAUAGACGGAUCGUGCCAGUGUCCCGCUGGCUUCACAGGCCAGUUCUGCCACCAGAGAGUCUGUCCAGAAGGCUACUGGGGGGCUCCCUUUUGUAAGAACAGAUGUCAGUGUGAGAAUGGGGGAGUGUGUGAUGCUACUGAUGGGACUUGUGUUUGUUUGUAUGGAUACGGGGGAGAAAGGUGUGAGAGGAUGUGUCCACCAGGACAAGCAGGCCCAGAUUGCGGGAGCGUGUGUGCGAGUUGUGUGCAUGGAGUGUGCGAAGACAUGAGUGGACGGUGUGUGUGCAACAGGGGCUUCUAUGGCUCACUCUGUCAUGACCACUGUCCCAGUGGACGCUACGGAGAUUGCACUGCUAGGUGUGAGUGUUACAAUGGGGCGGCCUGUUCUCCCUUCGAUGGGUCCUGCAUCUGUGCCCCGGGAUACACUGGACAGCACUGUGAGAUUCCAUGCUCAAAUGGAUUCUACGGAAUAGACUGCCAAGCAAGAUGUACGUGUGAGAACAACGGCCAUUGUGACACAGUGACUGGAGAGUGUUCAUGUCCUCCUGGGUUCCACGGAGACCACUGUCAGUUCACAUGUCCACUCGGAACAUUCGGGCCCCAAUGCAGACACCAGUGCCAGUGUGAGAAUGGGGCAGAAUGCUCGCCAGUAGAUGGAUCCUGCUACUGCCAACCAGGUUUCUUCGGUCCUCAGUGUGCUGACGGAUGUCCCCUUGGAUCUUGGGGUGUGGGGUGUGCCUACAGGUGUGACUGUUCCACCCACUCUGUCUCUGAACAGCUCUGUGACUCAUCAACUGGACAGUGUAUGUGUGUGGAGGGGUGGUAUGGACCCAGAUGUACUCAGAGGAGUCCACGUGGACCUUCAUCUGGUGUCAUACCAAAACAAUCGUGUGUGCAUGGCGAGUUGCUAGCUGGCUCAGUGGGAGUGUGUGGCUGUUUCCCUGGCUACUCUGGCGCAGACUGUUCCUCCCUUUGCAGUGUGAGACAGUGUGGACCAGACUGUUCCCUCAGGUGUCCCGAGGAGUGUGAAAAUGAUUGCGACCACGAGACAUGCACUUGCGAGGACGACGAGUCAGACCAGAAGUGUCUGGGUUCCUAUGGACCCGCCUGCUCCCUCCCCUGUCCCAAUGGACUGUGGGGGGAGAAUUGUUCGAGGAGGUGUGACUGUGUACACAGUGGGCACAAUACAUGUGACAGUAGGACUGGACAGUGUGCGUGUCUCAGUGGAUUCACGGGACACAAGUGUGAGAAGAGUUGUCCAAAAGACUAUUAUGGCGAAGACUGCAGCACAUUCUGCAUGUGCAAGAACGGAGGUUUCUGUGACCCCUUCUCCCCCUCCGGCAGCAUUUGUAUCUGCCAGCCGGGCUACAACGGCACCCUCUGUGAGGAGCACUGCCACCCCACCCACUUCGGACUCAACUGUGGCAGUGAAUGCGAAUGUGUCAAUGGGGGGUUCUGUAAUCCAGUUACGGGUACAUGUACUUGUCCUAAUGGCUUCUAUGGAAGCAGGUGUGAGCACAAGUGCAUGAAUGGCAUGUAUGGCCCCUACUGUGGCCACAGCUGCCAGUGCAAAAAUGGGGGCAGUUGCGAUGAGAAUGGACGAUGUGUAUGUCCUGCGGGAUAUAAAGGAUCCUUUGGCCUCCAGUGUCAGUCCAGGUGUGACUGUAAGAACGGGGCCACCUGUCACUUCCAGACUGGCAGGUGUAACUGCGAGGGGGUGAUAGGCUUCACUGGACCCAAGUGUGACACACCAUGUGAACAGGGAUACUACGGACAUGGCUGUUCACAGAGGUGUCCGUGUCUGAACGGAGGCAAAUGUCGAGGACUCUUUUUGGACUGCCAAUGCCCCCGGGGGUACACCGGACACUUCUGCGAACGACAGUGUUCUCUCGAGGACUUCGAAAGAAGUGAUCCCAACUGCAAUGCCCCAUGUCCUUGUAAGAAUGGAGGCGAGUGCUCCCCUGUUGACGGAACAUGCCAAUGUCCUGCUGGAUAUUUUGGGAACCUUUGUGAGAAACGGUGCAACGAGGGCACUUAUGGUCCGAAUUGUGCUUUGCAGUGUGAAUGCAUGAAUAAAGGUGUUUGUGACGCCGAGACGGGAAAAUGUCUCUGUCAUCCCGGCUGGCUCGGUCGCAAAUGCGACUUACCCUGCAACAAGGACAACUGGGGUCAAAACUGCCAAGAAACAUGUCGCUGUAACAACGGACUCUGCAACCGGUUCAACGGCGACUGUUAUUGCUACGCUGGGUCCCAAGGGAUCCAUUGCGACGAAGACUGCGACAAAUACAACUAUGGGCCAAACUGCAUUAACACUUGUUAUUCCUGCGAGUUUGGCUGCGAUUCGAAAACAGGACGAUGCAAUGCACGUGAUAAAAUUAGCGUGUCGUGCAAUUGUGAAAAUGAUGGAUUUUGUGACUUGGCGAGUGGAAAGUGUCUAUGUGCACCUGGGUAUACGGGAGAGCGUUGUGAACUGGCUUGUCCUUCGGGGUUAUAUGGAGUGGACUGUGAGCUAAAGUGUAGUUGUCCCGAAGGAGUGUCGUGUGAUCCGAGAAGCGGUGCCUGUGACUGUGCUCCAGGCAGAAUGGGUUUAUCCUGCGAGACUGACUGUCCAGUGGGGAGAUAUGGGAGACACUGUGACAAGUUCUGCGACUGUUCCCACGGGGAUCUCUGCAACCCAGUCACUGGCAUCUGCGACUGCACCAGACCAGGAUACACUGGACCCACAUGUGCAGAUCUGUGUCCAGAUGGACUGUGGGGAGUCAAGUGCCAGAACAGGUGUUUAAACUGUCUCAACGGAGGCACCUGCAACAAAGUGAACGGCGAAUGCCACUGUCCAACUGGAUUCUCCGGCGACUUCUGCCAGAUAGACGAGCGCUUCACAGAAGUCACGUGCAACACGUGCGAAAACGGAGAAUGUCACGAACUUCAACUCUCAAACGUCACAAAAUGCGACUGUUAUGAAGGAUACAUGGGCAAGCGAUGUAGCCAGCAAUGCCAUAUGUUAAAGUACGGAAAAGAUUGCGCUUUUGAAUGCCAGUGCGUGCCUGGAAACAGUCGUGACUGUGAACCCGAAGACGGAACUUGUCACUGUGCUCCUGGACAUAUUGGAUCUAAAUGCGAAUCAAUUUGUCCUCCGGGAUUCUUUGGACCUGGAUGCAAAAAACGCUGUACUUGUCGAGGAAAUUCGACUUGUCACCAUGUGAAUGGGUGCUGUAUGUGUAUGCCCGGAUAUUACGGACCGGAUUGCGAGCAUUCUUGUCCCGAAGGUCGAGCCGGUUUGAACUGCGAACUUGCUUGUCAUUGCUUCAACGGAGGAGUCUGCGAUCCUCAAACUGCCUUGUGUUCAUGCCCAGCCGGGUUCCAAGGAAACAUGUGUCAGUUCCCUUGCAGUGAAGGUCACUUUGGAGCCGGAUGUCUUCAGAAGUGCCAGUGUUCGGGAAAUUCAAUCUGCGAUCCCAAAACUGGAGCUUGUCAUUGUGAUCCCGGACACUACGGAGCUCUUUGUGAUCAAGAAUGCCCGCCUGGGAAGUAUGGUUCCAAUUGUGAGUUCGAUUUCUGCCAUGAUACUUAUGAUCCAUCAGUCGGGUAUGCUGAAUGCGCCGCUGGAAAACAAUCUCCGUGCUGUGACCUUGAAUGUCCGGAGGGUUUUGGCGGUGUUGGAUGCAGACAACAAUGUGAUUGUCAAAACGGAGCCAAAUGCAACCCGAUAACACUGCAAUGCGAGUGUCAAGCGGGAUGGACGGGGCUCAAAUGCGAUCAGCCUUGUCCUCUAAACACCUGGGGUGAAGGAUGUUCCCAAACUUGUAAUUGCGGCGAGAGCGGACAUUGCAACCCAUUUGACGGAACUUGCAGUUGUCCCGCCGGAACAUACGGUGAAUAUUGCGAGCAUGCAUGUCGCGACGGCUCUUGGGGUUCAAAUUGUAUAAACCGCUGUUGCUGUCAAAAUGGCGCCCCUUGCGAUAAGCAAACAGGCAAAUGCGACUGUCCGCCAGGAAAACAAGGUGAUUGCUGUCAUAUUGAUUGUCCCUACGGAACAUACGGUUAUGAGUGUCACGAAACGUCACACUGUGUCAAUUCACUCUCGUUUGACCAAAAAACAGGGACGUGUAUUUGUCUUCCGGGAUACAUGGGACCCAAUUGCGAAGCCGAAUGCCCGUUCGGAUUUUUUGGAGCAGGCUGUUCGGGACGAUGUAACUGUGGAGACAACGCUCUUGGGUGCCACAAGUCAACGGGUGAAUGCCAGUGCAAGCCUGGAUGGACUGGGGAACGUUGCGAGAUCAGCUGUCGGGACUCAGGACGUUACGGAUAUCACUGUCUUCAAAUCUGCAAUUGUGGACCUGGAGUGCCUUGCGAGCCUGUCGACGGGAGUUGCGAAUGUCCGCCCGGUAAACAUGGAGAGUUCUGUUCGUUGUACUGUCCAGCUUUCAAGUGGGGUCCCAAUUGUAACAACACCUGUUGUUGUCCCGAUGAAUCAUUUUGCAACCCUCACGACGGGACCUGCAUCUGUCCCCCGGGACAUCACGGCGAUUGUUGCGAGAAAGCGUGUGAUGUUGGGAAAUAUGGACCUAACUGCGUGGGAACUUGUAACUGCGUCGAAUCGAACAGUGAAGAAGGUUGCAUGUGUGAUAAAAAGACAGGCAAAUGUCAUUGCAAACCGGGUUUCACAGGCGAGGCAUGUGAAAGACCAUGUGAGCAAGGACUUUGGGGUUUCGAGUGCUCUUCGAAAUGCGCAUGUCAAAAUGGAGAUCUAUGCAACCAUGUAACUGGGUUCUGUAGUUGCGACCCAGGAUGGUAUAAUAAAACUUGUGACGCAGCUUGUCCUUUAGGAACUUAUGGUCCGAAUUGCAUGAAUAACUGCGACUGCGGUGAUUUGUUCAACACUUUGACAACUUGCGAUCCAGUCACAGGUGGUUGUGAUUGCGCACCUGGACUUUACGGCGACAGAUGUCAUUCAACUUGCCCGAAAGGGAAAUACGGUAAAAAUUGUCAGAAGGAUUGCUGUUGCGAGAACUGCGACGUUGCCACCGGAUACUGCGCGUGUCCUGCGGGAACCCACGGUCAAUGCUGCGAGCAUGAAUGCUCGGUCGGGCUAUGGGGAGAUAACUGUGAAAACGAAUGUUGUUGCGAAAGCGGAACUUGCGACUCCAAAACCGGAUACUGCGACUGUCCGCCAGGAAAGGAGGGGGAAUGCUGCGAGAGGAAUUGUCAUGGAAUGCGGUAUGGUAAAAACUGCAGUCGUACUUGUAAGUGUGAAAACGCCAACUCUUGCGACCCUGUAACAGGUCAAUGUCAUUGCAUGGACGGAUGGCUGGGCGAGACUUGCUCGACGCCUUGCGAUAAAGACAGAUGGGGACCUCAAUGCAUGUACACGUGUAGAUGUCAAAACGGGGGCCGCUGCGACCUUGAAACUGGCGAAUGUCAUUGUGCUGUCGGGUUCGGCGGCACUCAUUGCGAAAACGACUGCAGUGAUAAAACUUUCGGUGACUAUUGCUUGUCGUGUAAUUGUGAUUGGUACAAUAGUAGAGGCUGUGACCCAGAAACUGGACACUGUUUGUGCAGAGAUGGUUGGCAUGGUCAUAGGUGUGACCACCCUUGCCCGUAUGGCUCCUAUGGACCCCAGUGCAGUCGCAAGUGUUCGUGUGUGCCCAACUCCGAAUGUGAUCACGUGACCGGCGAAUGUGUAUGCGAGCCGGGUACAACAGCGCAUACGUGUGAGUUGUGCGACAAUUACCACUGGGGUGAGAGGUGUGAGCUUGACUGUUGUUGCGGGGACGGAGGGAAGUGUGACGUCAGCAACGGUGAUUGCCGAUGUUACCCUGGAUUCUCGGGUAAAUGUUGCCAGGAAGUGGAUUGUAAAAUUGCACCCGAUGCUUAUUGUUGCACUGAGAACGUUGCCAAGUGUAACAAUGAAAACUUGAACCAAUUUAUUUGUGAGCACGGAUUCAAGAACAGCACUAGGUGUCGUGAACCGUGCAUUGAAGGCAAAGAGUGGGGUCCUAUGUGUGAAGCGUGCGAAUGUCCCGAAGGCAUAGAGUGCAACAUUCGCACGGGACAGUGCGAAUGUCCGAUGCACUCCAUGCUAGCUCGUGAUAAAUGCGUAGAGAUUGUUCCGACACUUGUCCUCCAGGAUUCAUGGGCUACGGAUGUUCUGAGAACUGCGAAUCUAGAAAAUACGGAGAAAAUUGCAACCGAGACUGCGACUGUGAUUGGUCCUCGUCUGUGGACUGUGACCCCAGGACAGGACAGUGUCUGUGCGAUGACCUUCACAUGGGACAGAGGUGUGAACAGGAGUGCCCUGUGGGAUACUAUGGACCCAACUGCAGUCAAUACAAGCAGUGUAUCAACGGGCGAGUGA